GAGAUAUAGACAGGUGUCCGGUUGCUAGGGCCGCCUGGUUACCGGGCCGUAGGCUAGGAGGUAGUGUGUGCGCACACCUCCUUUCAACUCCUCCCCGGUGUAGAGCUGCCUGCCCAAGCGCGGUGACGUGUCCCUGACCCGGGGAAGAGAGGAGAUCCCCGGGGGAGCCGGACAGGUGGACAAUAUGGAUGAGAUUACUCUGGAUGGAACGUGGUAAUAUAACCACAGUUAUGGGUUGAACGUUUCUUCCUCCUCUACUCAAGAACCCGUCUUCUGAUAAGUCUCCAAUAUGGGGCGGAUCAGCAUAUCUUGCCUCCUUCCGGCUUCCUGGCACUUCAGCUUAUCCCCCGGUGGGUGCCCGCGUGCUCUGAAUACCACCUUACGCCAGCUGGUUGUUAUCGGUGUAGUGGCUGCCAUCCUCUUCUUGCUGUUCUACUCUUUACUUCUAGUCCGUACCAAGUACAGCCAAUCCCAGCGAGACCGCAAAUAUCAAAGGUACCUGGCUCGCGUUACUGACAUUGAAGCCACAGACACCAACAACCCCAAUCUUAAUUACGGUGUAGUGGUGGACUGCGGAAGCAGCGGGUCCCGUAUAUUUGUGUAUUGCUGGCCGCGGCAUAAUGGAAAUCCUCACGACUUGCUGGAUAUCAAGCAAAUGAGAGACCAGAACAGGAAGACCGUUGUCAUGAAGAUCAAACCAGGUAUUUCCGAGUUUGCUACCACCCCGGAGAAAGCCAGUGACUACAUCUCUCCGCUGCUCAAUUUUGCCACCAGCCAUAUACCGCGGGAUAAGCACAAAGAGACCCCGCUAUAUAUCCUGUGCACAGCAGGGCUCCGAAUCCUGACUGAGAGCCAGCAGGAGGCCAUCCUUGAAGAUCUGCGGACUGAUAUCCCGGUACAUUACGACUUUCUCUUCUCCGACUCCCACACAGAGGUCAUCUCAGGGAAGCAGGAAGGAGUUUACGCUUGGAUCGGCAUCAAUUUUGUUUUGGGUCGCUUUGAUCAUUUAGACGAUGAAGAUGAAGCACUAGUAGAGGUCAAUGUGCCUGGCAGCGAUCACAAGGACGCCAUCAUACGUAAGCGCACGGUGGGCAUCUUGGAUAUGGGCGGAGUCUCCACUCAGAUCGCAUAUGAAGUACCUAAAAGUGUAAGCUUUGCCUCCUUCCAGCAGGAAGAGAUGGCUAAGAACCUGCUGGCAGAGUUCAACCUUGGCUGUGAUGCCCACGAGACACAGCACGUGUACAGGGUGUACGUGGCCACUUUCUUGGGCUUUGGGGGCAAUGCUGCUCGACAAAGAUACGAGGAGCACAUCUUUCUCAGCACAAUGGAAAAGAACAGACUUCUAGCGGGGAAGGUUGGUCUGUCUGCAGACAUGCCGUAUCUGGACCCAUGCCUUCCAUUGGACAUCCCAGAUAAAAUACAGCAGGGGGGACAGACUAUGUUUGUACGUGGAACAGGUGACUUUCACCUCUGCCGUCGGAUUAUCCAGCCGCUCAUGAACUUAUCCAAUGAAACGCAGACUACUUUAAGAGGCGUCUAUCAGCCACCUCUGUCCUACCACAACAGUGAGUUCUAUGGCUUCUCGGAGUUCUACUACUGCACUGAAGAUGUGUUGCGUAUGGGUGGGGACUACAACUCGGCGCGCUUCCUGAGAGCAGCACAGGAUUAUUGUGCCACUAAGUGGACGGUUUUAAAAGAGAGAUUUGACCGUGGUCUGUAUGCUUCACAUGCUGACAUGCACAGACUUAAGUACCAGUGCUUCAAGUCAGCCUGGAUGUACGAGGUCUUCCACGACGGUUUCUCAUUUCCUUCUAAUUACAGCAAUCUGAAGACUGUGCUCCAAGUGUAUGACAAGGAGGUGCAGUGGACGCUGGGAGCCAUCUUGUAUAGAACACGGUUUUUACCACUGAGGGACAUCCAGCAAGACCAGUUCCGCGGCAGCCAUCCACACUGGCGUGGGGCGUCUUUUGUAUACAACCACUACCUGUUCCUGGUGUGUUUCCUGGUGGUCCUGCUGUCUAUUAUGCUGUACCUGCUAAGGCUUAGACGUAUCCACCGGCGCAUGCAGCGGAAUACAUCGUCCUCUGCGCUUUGGGUGGAGCAAGGACUGCAGCCGUCUGGGCUCCCCGGCACCUUGUAGGGAACUGACAGCAAUAUGUUGCACAUCCUUCCCGCCCCCGUUUGGUGGAAAGGGUUAGCGGAGAAGGACUUUUGUGAACUGCACAGUGGCUCCCUCUGCUGGAAAGAGAGGAACCUUGGUGAGGUUGACCUUGGCUCCUGCGGUGCCAUCCUGGAUGGGAGGAGACAGAUCAAAGCCAUGUUUUAUGCCUCAGGGUCCCCAACCUGGUAAUAAAAAGGGGCGCAAGGUGUGUUCCUGUGACCUCUAUGGAGGACACAGCUCAUACGUUUUCACUUUAGGGUUUCCCGCACCAGGGAGAUCACACCUGUCUUCUGUAAUAAUGCUAAGCUGGCACUUUCCUCCACAGCAAGAGACAUUUGUUUGUUUUUUUAUGAGUUGUGCAAGGUUUGAAUAGAAGUCGUGUUUCAAAAAUCUGAUCGCAGUACUGUAAGUUGCAAAGCUUCUUGUUUGAUAGGAAGAGGUAUGAACUGUUCUGUAUUGUGAAUGUUUACUUGUGUCCGCCUCCAGCUCCCAGACGCCUGCCAUAU